CGGAUUGUGGGUCGCGUAGAUAGUAAACAGUCACAGCGACAGCUGUACUCUUAUCUAGUCUGGUCGAGAUAAGCGGAGAAAUGGAUUCGUCGUGCGAUCAAGUUUAAAGUACAAUUAGACUCGAAAGAAAAUCAGAUCUGAUGGAAGAAAAGUAUGCCUCGGGAAUUCUGUCGCGACACUUUGACGUAAGGCGUUGAUGCUUAGGUUAUGUCGUUCUGUCAAAACGUUUGCAGCUUGUGAGGAAACUUGUCUGCCACCACUUUUCAUAGAGAAGAAUCGAGACUGCAAUAAUGGGCGAUCAUAUUGGAGAUAAUAUAUUGAUUCCACAGGUAGACAACGUUGUGUUGAUUGACAGAAGCGAUGGCAGUAAUAGGUGUAUGGAUGGCACACUGUGCAUCAGUGGGCAUCAUCUCAUCUUGUCUUCUAGACAGGAUGACGGGCAGGAGGUUUGGUUAAUGAAUCGAAAUAUUGAUGUUGUGGAGAAGAAAUUGAAUACUCAGAGUCCAGGUGGUAGUAUAAUAUUGAAAUGCAAGGACUUUCAAAUCCUUCAACUAGACAUUAGUUCCACCAAUGACCUAAUUAAUGCCAUAUUAUCCAUAGAGAAGCUAAUAUCAUUAGACCAGACUCUGCAAUAUCCAUUUUUUUAUCGACCACAGACGACCAACAAUACCAUGGUACAAAUAGAGGAUGGCUGGACAGCAUUUGCACCUGUCUCUGAGUGGUCUAGAUUAUUGGCGACGCAUGGGGAUGAAUGGCGUAUCAGUUACUUGAAUAGAGAUUACAAAGUUUGUAACUCUUACCCAUCGGCUGUUAUAGUGCCGCGUCAAAUAGACGAUAAAGUUGUAAUAGCCUCUGCUAGCUUCAGGGAUGGCGGAAGAUUCCCUGUUUUGUGCUACAGACACGAAGGAGGGAGUAUACUGUUGAGAAGCAGUCAGCCAUUAUGUGGUGCUACUGCUAGGCGGUGCAAGGAAGACGAAAGAUUGUUGAACGCCGUCUUAGGUCCGGGAAGACGCGGUUACUUAGUGGACACAAGAUCGGUUAGUCAAGCGCAAAGCGCCAGGGCCAGAGGCGGCGGCACGGAGAUGGACACGGCUUACCCGCAGUGGCGAAAGGUGCACAAACCAGUUCCUCGACCGCAAGAUCUGGCGGAUAGUUUCUACAAGUUAAUAGAAGCUUGUAACGACGUGAACAGCUCCACUUCGCAGUGGCUGUCAAAGCUGGACAGCAGCGGAUGGCUGUCCGCCGUACAAAGUGCUUUAAACGCUGCCUGCGUAACCGCGCAGUGCCUACACCAAGAAGUCGCGGCUGUGCUAGUUCACGGUAGCACAGGCAGAGACUCUACAUUAGUAGUAACUAGUUUGGCUCAGGCGAUACUGAAUCCCGAUUGUCGAACGGUACGAGGACUUCAGGCGCUUAUAGAACGCGAAUGGUUGCAAGCGGGCCAUCAGUUUUUCAGUCGGACUCGAUGUGGAGCCUAUCAGCCGUCAAACUCACAAAAUUCGAUGCACGCGCCGACUUUCCUACUUUUUCUCGAUUGCUUAUACCAAUUACACCAUCAGUUCCAAUUCAGUUUCGAAUAUACAGCGGAUCUGCUCAUCAAAUUGUACAAACACACCUAUUCUUCAAACUACGGUACAUUUUUAGGCGAUUCGGAAGCGGAAAGGAUAAAAUUACGUCUGUCCGAGCGAACUUACAGCUUAUGGUCCUACAUGAAUCAACCGGACGUGUUGGAGCAGUGGAUAAAUCCUCUUUACGAGCCGAAUCCGGGAGUGAUCUGGCCCAGCGUCGCCCCCAUCAGUAUUCAAUUAUGGAAAGAUUUGUAUCUCGCUCAUACAAGCGCAGCCCCGUGGGACGGUAUGCUCUCAUACGCGAAGCAGAUCAAGCAGAAUCACACGGCGGUGCGCAAAGUGGCGGGACAGUUGCAGGCGCAGAUCAAGCAGGCGUUGGAGGAUAUACGAUCGGACGCGGACAUGUCGCGGGUGGACGCGGACGGUCAGGAGGAGCUCUCCCGUAUAGCGCAAUUGAGUCUGGAGUCGCAGAGCACUUGAUACAGAAUGUAGAGGCUAAAAAAAAAAACUUAAAAUCUCUCCGUGCUGUUGUUCAACGAUCUUGUCAAUAUGCCUUCGAUCAAUACAAUACCACGUUAGCUCGUAAGGAUCAACGGUUUCUCCGCAAAUGACCUGCCACGUAUGCCGAAGCCUUCGUAAAGGAAUCCUCAAUUCUCUCGAUCCCUCGGAAAUAAGAAGAAAACUGUCUAUAUUCGUGUAAAACUAGCUCCACGGUCUGACAGAGCGGGCUAUCUUUGUCGAUAUAAAUUUGAAUAUUGUAUGUGUGUAAAGAAUAUCUUGCAUAAUCAACGUUAUACAUCACGCGCGGUCUUCGCCUAUAUUAGUAAAAUUCGUAUUAUCAGAAAGAUGUCACGAUUCUAUGUAAACAAUUUCAAGACGAGAUAAAGUGUGAUAUUUUUUAUUUCA